AGUGCAGCCAGUUCAACAAUUGAAAACAACCUCAUUAUUAUAUAUUUCACAAGUAAAUGCCUAACUUUGCGAAACAUUGCCGAUCAUCGUCGUGAAGCGAGGCGAUUAAGCGAGACGACGACGAGACGCCUGAUGACAGCAUGGGCCGCGUUUUCUCUCCCGAUCCUCCCGAUGACCGAGCUGCGUUCUAUCGCAUUAACGAGGAGACAAAGAAGCUGCCCGAGUCACGAGUACGUGGCGCGCACGAUGGAAAAGGCCGUGACAAAUUCGUCGUCGCAGAGCAAGAUCGGAGACAAUAACCAGACAGAAAAAAGAGACUUAAUCCCGACGUCGCGCUAUAAUGAAGUUCCCGCUAUGCAGCAGCAGACACAAUUUACGUGUUCUUUGUACAUUUCGCGUGCUGGCGGCCUUGAAGAUCAAGGCCACGGAAUCCCAGAUUGCGAACUGCUGCGAUCUCAUCUCGAGGAAGCUAUCGCCGCUUCCGAGCCGCUGUCGACCUGGCGUGUCUCUGAAACUCCGUGCGGUCUCAUAGCCGCUUUCGUGCGAGAAAAUGACGCCGAGAAACUCUUGCAGCGCGGCGACUUAGCUCGAGUGUUUGGGGGACCUGUGCAAGUAGCGCGAUUCUCUGCAAGAGAUUCUCGAUAUCGCCAAGCCGUGCUCCUGAGAGACGUACCGUGGGCUAUACCACUGCAGGAUAUAAAUUCGGCUCUAGCGAAGCAGGGAAUCAUUGCUGGAAAUGUCGAACGUUCGCGACAAUUUGUUCGAGUCGAGGUUUUUGACGCGGGUCAUUACGAAGCUUUGCUGCGUCAAGGUCUAGACUUCUUCGAGGUGGCUCGUUUCAAUGCGAUUCCAGAACGCUGGUGGCGUGGCGGCGGUGCCGCAUCCUCGUCCGGUGUACCCUCGCGAUACACGCCGGGGAACGACGGAGGCAAUGUCCCAGAAGCGUAUCAAGAUACUGUAUCGCAAGCGGCGGACAGCGUGUUGCAGUGCUACCGAUGUCAGGGUUUCUGGCACAUGGCCGCUAAUUGCCGGCACUUGCCGCGUUGCGUCCGCUGCGGCGAGCCACAUAGCGUUGAGUUUUGUCCAAGGCCGCGCAACAACCCCAUAUGUUGCCAUUGCUCCGGGCCCCACCACGCCGGAUAUAGACAGUGCCCGGUCAGACUGCAGCUGUCUAACGCAACUCCCUUUCAAUAUAGUUUAGAAGCAGAACUUUUCACGUUGUGUUUACUUACACGGAGUUAUGCGGGCUCUGCGUUACAUUUGACUAACAGCAUAACAAAACGAAAAGAGAAUCGAUAGUUCGGGGGAGAAGAUGUAUUCGGUGU